AAUAAAAUCUAUCUGGCGAUACUAUUCCAUGCCACCGUAACUGAUAUCAGCCUAUCUGCACACGAGCCGUUUCAGAAUAACCUUUUUAUUUUUAUUUUUCAUUGUUUGUUCCGUUUCAUUUCUCCUUGGCAAAUCAACAAACACAUGGUAGACUAGAAUCUCUAUCAUCGUCAUAGUCCCAGCAAUUCCUGUAUUUCUCAUCGACGAUUUACACUUGCUUUCUUCUCUCUACAUUACGGUUUGAGGGAGAAGAGAUAGAGAGAGAGAGAAGGUAAAACGAUGGCGCAUAAAGUAGAUCACGAAUACGACUAUCUAUUCAAGAUCGUGUUGAUCGGAGACUCUGGGGUUGGGAAAUCCAAUAUUCUCUCGAGAUUUACCCGGAAUGAGUUCUGCUUGGAGUCCAAAUCCACGAUCGGUGUUGAGUUCGCUACCAGAACUCUUCAGGUAGAGGGAAAGACAGUUAAGGCACGGAUAUGGGAUACUGCAGGCCAGGAGAGGUACCGAGCUAUUACUAGUGCUUACUAUAGGGGAGCAGUAGGUGCAUUCCUCGUCUAUGACAUAACUAAGAGGCAAACCUUUGACAAUGUCCAGAGGUGGCUCCGUGAAUUAAGAGACCAUGCAGAUUCAAACAUUGUAAUCAUGAUGGCUGGAAACAAGUCUGAUCUAAACCAUCUCAGAGCUGUUUCGGAGCAGGAUGGUCAGGUCUUGGCUGAGAAGGAAGGACUUUCAUUUCUCGAGACAUCAGCAUUGGAAGCACUCAACAUCGACAAGGCAUUCCAAACCAUUUUGACGGAGAUAUACCACAUCAUAAGCAAGAAAGCAUUGGCAGCCCAGGAAGCAGCCGCUGCCACUGCAAUUCCUGGUCAAGGGACAACUAUCAAUGUCAGCGAUUCAUCAGGGAAUACAAAGGGAGGUUGCUGUUCUACUUAGUUGACAUUCAAUGGAAGAACCGAAGAUUCAAUACCAAGCACAAACUUUUUUUUUCUUUUUCUUUUCCCCCUUUUUUUAGGCAAGAUAGAGACUUGUAGAAUAUUUUUUCCCAGUUGUGAUGAAAAGGAAGCUUGUGACAGUUGAAACUAAAAAUAUGGUUAGCGGAAAAUGACUGAUGCUGAGGCGGCUCUUGGGUGGGAAGUUGAAUAUCUCAAUUGGGAGAUACUGUAGGGCAAAAUCGGUGGCAUUGUAAGUUUGGCGUUCCCUUUGGACUGAUGUUUGUUGGAUUACUUCUGUAAUAAAAACCAUGCCAUCUUUAUGAGAUUAUUAUUUGGUCUUCACUUCA